AGUGUACAUAGCCAAGGAUGGACGAGAACCUGAGUCGCGGCUACAUCCAGCUCGGCCGCCAGCGCGUCGUGCUACAGCAACCGGGGGGCCCCUUGGCUGCAGGGCACGAGCGUCCUCCGGAGGACCGCUGCAGUUGCGUGUACUUGGCCCUGGUGCUGGCCGGGGUGGGAUUCCUGCUUCCUUACAACAGCUUCAUCACGGCAGUCGACUACUUCCAGGACAAGUACCCGCGCACCACCAUCGUCUUCGACAUGAACCUCGUGUACAUUCUGACGGCUUUCCUUGCGGUGGUGGUGAACAACCUGCUGGUGGAGACGCUCCCCCUGCAAGUGCGCAUCACGUUUGGCUACCUGCUUUCCUUCGCCACGCUGCUCUUCGUGGCUCUCGUGGAGGUGCACUGGGAGAGCUUCGAGCACGACGUGGGCUACACGGUGAACCUCGUCGCCAUCGCCAUCGUCGCUCUAGGAUGCACGGUGCAGCAGUCGAGCUUCUACGGGUACACCAGUAUGCUGCCUUCCCGGUACACGCAAGCUGUCAUGACAGGAGAAAGUGCCGCCGGCGUUCUAGUGUCGGCCAAUCGCAUCCUGACCAAGGCGCUACUUCGAGACGAGAGGCUCAACACGCUACUCUUCUUCCUCGUCUCGGUCACCGUGGUCAUGCUCUGCUUCGUCAUCCACCUGGUGCUGCAUCGAACCAGGUUCGUGCGCUUCUACUUGGACCUGUGCGCCGCUGCAGCCGAGGAGGGCAAAUCUGACGGAGACGACGCCCUUCACAGCCGAAUCCUGCUGGAACCGACCGAGGACGUUGGACUGGUGGACAUGCUGGACCCAGUGGAGUCGAAGACGGGAAAGUACGGCGUGCUCUCCCUCCGCACUCCGCCGGCGUCACCGACGAGCACGGCUGGUGGCGCGGACUCGGCGUUCGAGUCGAGCGACGUGCUCGACGACGACGAGUCUCUCGACGCACGCCGUGUCGGCGACGAGAGCAACGAAUUGCCCAGUUCCGUUCGCAAGGGUAUCAACUACCGCGUCCAAGAAGUGGUCGUGCGCAUGCGCGGCAGAACACGUGGCAGGCCUCCCCGACUGUGGAGCGGCGUUAAGCGUGGCCUGGUGGCUCGGUACCAGGUGGGACGCAAAGUGUGGCCCUACAUGAUCAGCAUGGCGCUCGUCUACAUGGUGACGCUGUCGCUGUUUCCGGGAAUCGAGAGCCGCAUCGUUUCCUGCCGCCUGGGCUUGUGGAUGCCCGUGCUUCUGAUGGCGCUGUUCAACGCGGCUGACUUCAUCGGAAAGGUGCUGGCGUCUGUGCGCUACGACUGGUCCCGGUCGCAGCUGGUGUGGCUCUCGUGCAGCCGCAUCGUGCUGGUGCCGCUUCUGGCGUUGUGCGCGCUGCCGCGAUGGGACAGCUCGACAAGCUCCGACCUCUGGGCCAUGGCCCUGUCGGUGGUGCUGGGCGUCACCAACGGCCUGCUCGGGUCACUGCCCAUGAUACUGGCACCUGGCAGGGUGCCCGACGACCAGAAAGAACUCACAGGGAACAUUAUGACGUUAUCGUACAGCGUUGGGCUGACCACGGGGUCGGGACUUGCCUACCUGCUGGUUUACUUCAUCCAAGGCCACGACUUCGGGGGACCCGACUGCAGUGAACAUUUUCCUUCCACGCCGACCUCGCUGAACGAGACAUCAUGGCAGAGGCUAGCCAGCGUCAAUUCCACUGACCACGCGGAGACGCUAUAAAAGCUGCGCUAAUGUUGAAAACAUGCUGCACACAAGAAAAAGAAAUCCUCGUUUGCUGCAUCCUCAC